GUUUAUAUACUCUCGACAAAGUAAAUAGCUUCGUUUUGAUUUAUAAAUCACAUAUUAUUUACUUCAAUGAUAUAUAACUUGGUUAUUUAUUUAAUGUUGUAUAAUUUUUCGCCACAUUACGCGCAGACAUUUCAGGGAUUCAAGUUAAGGCGGAAAAGCUACCAACAUACAGAGAGUAUUAAUGGAUAUAACCACAAAUUACAUAACUUAAGUUAUAAUUUAAAUAAACAUCGUAAAAACAAUAACUUUGAUUACGAUUACAACUGGGAUGACAAUGAAGAAGCAGCUUUCAAACGGGAUUAUACUGAAAUAACAAUUACUGAUAAAUCAAAUGUUACAACAGUUUAUGAUACAACAACAGCUAUAGCGGACACAAAUGUAUCUGAUAUUAUAAAAGUCGAAAAUGAUACACAAUCAAUAUUAAAUCUAAAUAUUACAGACACAGUUAAUCCUGUAGCUAAAACUGAAGAAACAUCUAAAACAAUUGCGUCAACAGGUACAACUAGUUCUCCUGUCACACGGUUUACUUUUCCUGAAGAAACAGAGAAAUUAUUGGACGUAUUCAUAACGACACAUAGCGGUGCCGAUACAAGUUCGCCACCAUCUCUCCAUUUCGAAACUUACUUCCCUGGGAAUACACAAGAUUUUCUCGAUCACACUGUAACACGAUCGACGACUACGAAAAACCCUUUCUACGAAGAUAUAAAAGAAAUAUCAAAUGAGAAGGGACGAUUCACGUCGAGUCUAAUUGUUCUGUUCAAGAUGUUGGUCCGAAAGAAUCCGAACGAAAUAAUGCCUUUAAUAGUAACGCUGAAUUCAAGAAUUCAAGUAUUGAACGACGAGGAUAAAAUGUUGAUAUUUGGAGGUAUGGCUGCAGAAGUAUUUCAAGCGAUGCUUCAGAUGCUAGGCUCUGAACCCACUGACGUCAUGCAAGAUCAUUUCAAAUACGCGGAAUACGCAUUAGAAAACAAGCAUACGGUUCUAAAGCGAGACGUCAAUGGUCUAAUAGAUAUUGUAGAUACAGUAUACAUAGAAACAGAUAUAGAUAACAUUGCAAACCUUAUGAGAGAUAUAAAAAGAUAUCCGAACGGUACAAAAACAGACGACGAGAUCAUAGAAGCAGCUAUACAAGAUUAUAUGUACGCGCCAUUCAGAAGGAUUCAUGACACAGCUAGAGAGAAACUGCUAGUGGUCGAAUUAAAUAAUGUUAUCAAGCGCAGGUUAUAUCCUGGUGAAGAUUUAGAAAAUAAGCGACGUCAGAAUAUGUAAUAAUUAUUAUUAUUUAUUCAAGUAACAAAACUACAAAAAAUAUAUAAAUUAAACAUUAAUAUCUACUACUUAUAUAAUUUACUGGUCCAGCUGAAACUUUACAACAGCGGUUUAUAAAUAUACAGUCUAAUCUAUUGGCAACCAUGAUUAGAAUUUUGUUGGAGCUGGCCAGCACAUGUGAACCAAGGGGACACACCUUUUUCGCAUUAAUACGUAAAAACAGUAUAUAUUCGCUUCAGCAAGCAUCCCUGAAGUACUACAGAAGCGAGGCAACUCCAUCAGCAAUCUAACGGCGUUUAUUGUAAUGGACACAAGAGCAUUGUACGAUUUUAAUUUAUAAUUAGCCCACAAACUACGUAUAAAAAGAGGUACAGUAAGCGCGGAAUCAUGUUUUAAUAAUGAUAGUACUUUUCAUUUAUGUAUUUAAAUGGUUACAUUGUUGAUAUAUCUAAAUAAAUGAAAUUUAACUGGC